UAAACAAUCACUGGAAAAGCCAAUUGUGGAGUAGCUCUGCUUGAAAGAGAUGCACAAGAAGAUGCCAAGGUGAUAGUAGGUAUCAACUGAUAACAGAUAAUUGAUAACGGCAUGCACUCGCACGCAAAUGAAGGUGCCACCGGGCACGGACAUGGUCACGGACACGGACAUGGACACAGUCACACUGGACACGGCGGGAGCACUGAGGGCAAGAUUCGCUGCAUCUUUCUCAGCGAAUUUCAUGCCACAGCUGGCUGUAAGAUCAGCUGUCAGGUGCCGGAUAACUACAUAUCGAAGGAAGUGUUCGAUGCCAUCAAUGUGUACAUCAUACCCAAGCAGCAUCUGCAACGUUGCAUUCUUACUGUCAAUGCGAUGGAUGUGAAGAUCGUUGGAUAUCCAGUUGGCAUCCAAGAUCAGCAAAAAUAUGCACGCAACGCGUUCCUCUUCAAUCUGUGCUUCGUGUGCGAUUCGCGGGCACGCUCUGUGCAAUAUGAGCCGGUGGUAAAGAAGCUAUCAGAAUACCUCAUCAUGAUGGAGGAGGAGUCGUGUUUUCUAUCCCGCGAGGAUGACAAAGUGCGACUGCAGAAUAUUUUUCAGACGGUGUUGCGGGAUCUGAAUGAGCGCAAAGUCGCUACGAUUGUGGAGGGCGACAACACCAUAUAUUUGAAGAUUGUCAUGCAUAAACCGGAUCCGCCAUCGGUCAAGGAUCACAUGGUGCCGUUGUUGUUGGCUAAUUUAAGGGAUACGCCGCUUGAAAACUGGGAUUUGACCACGCAGCAAAUUUUACCGUAUAUCAAUGGGAUCAAUCAUGUGGCGCGCAUUGCUGCUGAGGCGGAUGUGGAAACGGAUCUGGUCAAGUCGUGCAUCCAGAAUUUAGUCUACUAUGGCGUUGUGCAGCUGCUGCCCAUUCUGAAGUAUAGCAAUGUGUACAUGACGCAAAACCUCAAGCACCUCAUCCAAAGUGCCGCCUUAAGCAACGCGUGCCGCAAAUACGUGGCCCUGCAACCGGAUAAAUUGCUGCCGAGUGUGCAGCGUAUCUUUCAGUUCUAUGCCUCGAUGACGCACGGCGUCACACUGCGUGCCAUUUGCCAGCGUUUGUGCCCCCAACAUCAUAAUAUCGAUGAACGUAAAAUGGUCAUCUUUGGGCUGCAACACAAGUUCAUACGCUGCAUACACAAAUAUCCGGUGUUUACGGGUUCGGUGCCGUCGGGUCGCCAGAAGAUGUACACGGGUCUCAUUAGUUUCGAUGAGAUCUGCUGCAAGACUGGCCUCUCGCCGUGCACCAUCGAGAAGGAUAUCGAGAAGGAUACAAAUGUAACUGUGAUUUGGAAGUAGAAGUAACAGAAAAGGUUAACGGCCUCUGUUCACAUUUCUUUUAAUUUACAAACUACUCUAAUAAGAAUAUAUACAAUGAUUUUUUGUCCGCGUCGUUUACAUAAAUGUAUUAGCUUGUAAUUAUUAUGUUUCCAAUCUUUAUGCAUAUAUA